AUUGACCUACUUCAGAAAAUUUUCGAAAUUAUUUUAUGAAUUUUACAUUUGUGUGUUAAUCAAGGAAUAGACGGGGUUUCCACGGUUCUGAUAAGUUGCACUAUUGAAGUUUUGUAGUCAUAGAAAAUCUCAGAUAUAUAAAAGCCUACAUGCGCAUCUUUGCACCCAUGGAAUGGUCACAGAGGACCCUGUUUGUUUGACCCCCACUCUAAGUCUAAAACAUUUUGGUAGGCUGGAUGAAGAGCUAGAGGCAUUAAACCAUCAUAAUAAUAAUGGACUUACAAGGUGACACUCCUGUCACUCUGACGUCCAAGCAACAUAGAUCCAAGCUCUUGGAUUGCUUGUAUACAUUACAACAGUCACAUAAAGCAUGUGAUAUAAACAUAAAGUGUGACAGUUUGAUCAUCCCGGUACACAGACUCGUCUUAGCAGCAACUUUGGAGAAAUUUCAAGCUGAGAAAUCAUGGAAGACUAAAAGAGUUUGGAAUAUUGAUCAUUUGAAUCUUAACCAAGAUGAGUUAAGCAAAAUAGUUCGAUUUUUGUAUACAGGAUGUUUAAUGAUUCAAAAUUCCAAAGUUCAGGAUUAUUUAAACUAUUUUAAAGCUCUUGAAUUAUCCGAAGGUAUAGCUUUAUGUAAGGACCUUAUAAGUGAUAUGACAUCUCAAUCGGAAACUAGUAAACAAGAAACAAUACAAACUAAAAGAAUUAAAGAUCAUUCAACUAAAAACUCAACAAUUGUUAAGUCCAAAAAUAAGAAACCUAAGACAUCAGUUUCAAAAGGAAUAGAAUGUGAUGGCAGCAUCAUCAAAGCCAAAGGUGUGGACACUCCAAAAAGAAAACGAGGCCGACCACAGAUUUAUGAAACUUCAACUUGUAAAGAUCCAAUCAAAAAUAUAGAAACGUCAAGUGAUAAAAAUAUUGAUGAACCUUAUGGCACAUCAGUGAAACAUUAUCACACAAGGAAAGCCACUCAAAGGGAAAAAGAGACACAGGUGGGUUCAACUAAAGAUGCUGUAAAUGCUUCACGUAAAAGGAGACAUGCCGAAAUUGCCACAAGUGAAGGAGGUCAACUUCAAGAAAAAACUUCUCAGGUUGUGGAAAACCCUGUGCCAAAUGUUAAAUCAUCAAAUGAAACCCCAUUCAUAAAUGAUAGCGAAUCUUCCAAAAAAUCAAAGACAUCUAUCCCACAAGAUAUCGAAGCUCAACACCAAAAAUCAAAAACUUCUACAAUUGGUGAUAAUAGUUCACCAAAUAUUUCUUCAACAAAACUUGGGGUAAAUUGUGAAGAAGAAUCAGAGAAGAAUAAUCCAUCACCGACCAAGUUUCAACAUCGUAAAUGUAGGAAAUGUUCGCAAACGUUUGAUACACAUUCUCAACUAGUACAGCACAGAAAAGAACAUCUAGUUGGAAAUUGGAACUCGCGGUAUAAAUGUAAUUUGUGUUCAUUCAAAGAUAGACGGAAGCUGGGAUUGGAUAGGCACAAGUUCCAUAAGCAUGGUGUCCCAUUUGAUAAAGAGAAAUAUGUUAUCCUGAAAUGUGAGGUGGAGAAUUGUAAAUACCAGACAAUAGAUAUCCAUGUAUUCAAGAGUCAUCAAACAUCACACAAAAAAGAAGAGCCUUUCAAAUGCAAGGUUUGUGAGAAGACAUUUAAGAGAAAGGGUGCUUUAGAUGUUCACCAGAGACUCCAUAUAGAUUCCAGGCCUUUCAAAUGUCCUGAUUGUGAUAAGUCAUUCACACAGGCAUCAAACCUACAGAGUCAUGUUGCAGCGAGUCAUCAGAAAGGGAAGAAAUUCAUGUGUGACCAGUGCCCAUAUGGUAGUUUGGGAAGAAAGGAGUUUGCAUUCCACAUGUUCAAUCAUCAUAAAGUGCCAUUGCCAAAUAACUAUGUUGACAAAAUCCUAACAUGUGACCAGUGUUCCUACACUUGUUUCAGGCCUGUUGCUAUGAAACAACAUAAAAUAACACACACUGGGGAGAAACUCUUCAUGUGCACAUAUUGCGGUCAGAGAUUGGCUAAUAGGACCAGUUUGAGGGUUCAUAUCAGAUACUCACAUACAGGUGAAAGACCAGAGAAGUGUGAACACUGUGGCAUGGGGUUUGUUGACACAGGCAAAUUAAAGCAACAUGUGAGAGUCAAACACACAGAAGUGGGAGUGAAGAACUUCCAGUGUCCACAUUGUGACUACAGAUGUGCCAUGAAAGGUAACCUUGGUAAACACAUCAAGUCUCUUCAUAGUCACCAAGACAACAAAUCUCCACAUUGUAACCAAGGCAACAAACACAACAAAUCUAUAGAUGGCAACAAAGGCAAUGAACACAACAAACUUGAUGAAUCAAGAGCUAUCAAGAAAACAAUAACCAAUCAGGAUUUGAAGGAUAAAGAGUAUCUUGACACAGAUAGGAAGAUGUCAGUGGAAUAUAUGGAACCUGAGAAACUGCCAAGUGUGUCUAUGUUUUGUAGUAGUGGGGAAGCAUCCUAUCUUGGAUCUGAUACUGGCCUGGGUAUCUCCUCACACACAGUUUCAGCUACAGGGUCACUAAAUGUAGAGCCCAGUCCUGUCCAGGUUUCUCCCUUAUUCUCAGUGCUGCAACCUCAUCCCAUACAGCAACCUUACCCUAUUCUCAUGCAUUCAACUACCCAGUUAAUCUCACCUCCUGCAAUGUACAUGACAGAUACAUACCAGCGGGACAACAACCAGGGCUCCCAAGACACAAUGACAGGUCCCCUUGGCAAUAUGAUGUCAAAUCAAUCUGCAUUUAGCAGCAGUGACCAACGAGAGGUGAUGUCACCUCAGAGUAUACAUUCUCAGGAAUCAAUCUCAACUAUUACAACACAAUCACCUGGUGCAUUUAAAAACCCAUCUGGACAGAAUAUGACAAGUCCCCUAGAUGAUCAGGGGCAGAAGUCAUUAUGUGUUUCUUCAGGGAGCAAUCUAGUAUUGUCUUCCACUCCCAGUAUUCAACAUAAUGCCUCCCCAGGGGGUCACACAGAGGUUCACUCUACAGAAGGUGGGAGUGACCCCUCACCCAUAGAUCCAUAUGGAGCACAUGGUUAUAAUGUAGCAACAGCUGUUAAUGUUCUCAUGCAUGGUUUCAGAUAUUGAAGAUCCAUUCUAUUCAAUUGAUCAUUCUGUAUUUUAAUUCUUCCUGGGAGAAAAUGGCUAUCUUGAUAAAAAAUGGCUCAUUGAAUAAAUACCAUGGCUUGGCACUAGUUUUUAUGUCACCACAAGUGGUGACAUAUUGUUAUAGCUUUUUUGUGGAUGGUGUUUAGUGGUUGGUGUUCGGUGUCUGUUACAAAUGACAGGUGG